UCCCUUUAUUUUGAAAAUAUUUUCAUUCCAGGGGUGGUGUGAGAAGAGCUCCCUGCUCAGAGUCACCACUAGUAAAACAAAGGGCUAGCUCCUGUCAAAUCUGGAACAUAAGCAGUGGAAAACUAGAAGUGGUGUUUUCUUCUGUCUUUUCUAGCCUUAUUAGUUGAGUCACUUCUUGUAAUGAUAAUACUUUUAAGACAGGCAGAUAGGUGUCAUUCUUAAGUCUUUUUAUUUAAAGAGAUGGUGUUUCUUUAAUUUGAUUAAGACCCACUAAUGAUUAGAUUCUCCAGCAUCCUGUUUCCUUCUCCUAGUUUCCUUCUCCUAGUGCACUGUGGGAUUUAAUUUCUGCUCCCAGCUUGAUUAUCUUGUUUUUUUGCAGUCUCUUUCCUUUUUUUUAAUGUUCCAGAAUAUAACUUUGCUUUCUAUGUGCAAUAACAGGCUAAAGUUUAUUUUAAGGAGACUUAAUACAAGCCAAGGGACUAAUUAUCAUUUGCACUUUAAGCCUUGUUGCAUGGCUCCUUUAACACAGUGUGGAGUGUGAGAGUGAGUAAGUAUAAACAGAAUUCACAGUGACACACUUUUUACAGCCUUCUUGCACCCUGUGCCUCUUAUAAAGGAGCCUCACAUUUAAUAAGCAUCUGGUGUCUGGUAUUCUUGUUCUUUCUUUACGUCUUCAUUUCAUAAUGAUGCGACUUUAAAAGCUAUGUAGGAGGUGCCAGAGAAUUCCAUGAUAACCCACUUGUAAGGAGGAAAUGAUGAGCAUGAUGAACUUAAAAGGAAAGAGGAGAGGAAAAAAACAUGGAAAGGUUGCCAAGAUGCAAUCUGGGGGAGAAAAACACUGAAUUUUGUCUAACAUCACAGAUCACAACAAUCUGAUACUUUUCAUUUCUUAAAAGAUAUAUUUAGGUUAGGCUUUUAACAUGCUAGGGAUGCAGGAGACCCAUGGAGAUGCUUAUUGGCAUUUUCCGUACCACCUGGACACUGAAACUCUGAAUCAGCAUUUUAGAUAGCUGAACAAUGUAUAAUUCAGCUCCUGAUGCUCCUGAGGUUCUUGAGAAAUUAAUUGGACUAGUGUAGCCGUAAUCAAGGAUGGUGAGGGUUGUGAUGCUAUUCCUUACAGUCUGUCAUUUGUUUAGUCACCAUGUUAUUCCUGGUAUUCAUAGUAACUGAUAAAAUAAAUAAAAAUAUGAUGCCAUCUUGCUGCAAGAUUUCCUGAGAAUAUUUCAGAACAGAGUCAGCAAGUCUGAAUAUUUUAUGCAAGUCAAAUUAUCCCCAUAAAUAAAAAGUUUUGCUGUCAUGCACAACAAGUGGGCUGCUUAGAAGAAGGUGGGCCAGCAAGUGAUUCUAUCAUCCAGCUAUACUGAGUCAUCUAAAGGUGUGAGGGAAAGCAAACCCCUCCAGAUGCAGCCCUAUUGAUUUCCUCAGCUAUGUGCUGUGUGUAGAUGCUGAACUAAAUAAUUCAGCCAUGACCUUAGGUCAGCUGAGGUGGAAAUUAGUGGCUGUGUGCUUUUGUAGUGACACAAAGCGACUGUGAGCAAAACUGGGCAAGCUCAGAAAACACAUACUCUGAUGAUGAGGUUAAUAUUUUUUUAAUUGCACAGCCACAGCCAAGUACUGUGGUCCACCAGUUUGCCAGCAGCCACCUUCUCCCACUGCAGAGAGAUCCUCAGGCAUCAGGUUUUCCAGGAAAAGCAUCUCCAUAUAUGCAGCCUUACUGAACUUUCUAAGCAGGAGCUGAAUCCUGAAAUUACGUUUGUUUUUAUUUUGAAAGGCUGAAAUUCCUUUUGCAGGUUCCUCUGGAGAUGGGUGAAUCAGUGCUGUGAGACCGUUCCUGCACUGCCUGAGUGCAGCACUGAACCACCACAGAGAGCUGUAGAUGCAGCUGAACCUACAGGCAUUUCAACCCUGGUCUUUAUUAUGGUUGAGGUUUCUGAGGGAAAAGAUUAAAUCAACCCAUUUCCGAAUAAGAUGUAUGCACUAAUGGCACAUGAAACUUUUCAUAGUGUAUUUGUUGCUAGAGUCAGUAUUUUAAAUCCUUUGCAGAUGGGGAGAUUUUUGGAACUGUUACUUCCUAAUUGUCGUAUGAUGCUAUGCAAAAAAAUCUCCUCAAAAGCUCAGUGAUCAGAUUUUUCUCUUAGGUUUUCCCUUUAUGCUAGAUCAUCUUACUCUGCCUACUGCUGAUGAAUUCACACUGGUGUCUAAAAUGUGGUGCAGCUUGAAAAGAGACUGUGAAAACAUGAUAGGACAACACAGGGUUAACUUUCCCUGGGGAAUGAACCAGCUAUGAUAUAUUAAAGGGCAAGGCCUGAUUUUCAUUUAUGUGGAACCUCCUGUGUAUAGCUCUGGUAGUCAAAAGAAACCACAAUUUAAACAAGAAUGAGGAUCUCAGCAGUCAUAAUUGUUUUAUAUAUAAACAAUUGCAACAGGUUUAGCACCAGCCAGGAAUUGCUAAGCUGCAACAUUCAGCUCUGAAGUUCAGCAAUAACUAAACAGUUAUUGCAAACCCCAAGUAUGAAGAAAUCAUGGGCCAGGCCUCCAAAACCUUCUUCCAAAGGCUGUUUUUAAAAUGUGAUUUGGAAGUGUUCAUUUGAUAUGAGUGAACAUGAGUUCACUUCAUGUACGUUCUGCCUUUUUAGGCCAUAGAAAUGAUAAAGGGCAGACUUCUUUCCUGCCUUUUUUUUGUUGUUGUUGUUGUAAACAGAAGCUGAGAUUUAGUUGUAUAUUUAUAGGAUUACAAGGCCCAUGACUCUUAAGAUGGCAUGAAGUAUCAUGAGACUUGUGGUAUGUGCGUUUGAGAGUUGGCAAGACUGUAAAGAACUUAUUUUUAUUGCCAGAAUGGUUAAGCUGUGACUCUGGUUGUAUGGAAAGAGCAGAACCUACUCAGUAAUGCAGGGCUCUUUUCAUAACAACAUUUCACUAUGUUUAUGCUUGUAAAGUGCAACAAGCAGUAAAGAAAAUGUAGGUCAAGUGAAGUUCAUAGCGAAGCAGUUACAGGUUUUAUCUUAAAGAUGCAGUUUAGGUGAUGUUAAGUACUGUUUUCUUUCAUUAAGUGCAAAACUGUAUCCCUGGCAGGUACUCGCUGCUGAAGAGGAAGGCAACAUGCGAGCCUUAUGCUAGGAAUUGAAACAUCUGUCGUUUUGAGUUCUUCCCUGAAUGUUAGUCAAGCUUUGGAGAGAUUGUCCUCUUCUCUUGUUUAAGCAUAACCUGCUGUUUAUAGCAAGUAAAAAGGUACUUUGGGGAAAAGAGCUGCUGUGUUAAAAAAGAGGUGCAAGUCUCAAACCGAUUAGGCAGUAUUGCACUUCUCUGUGUGGCAGGCUGCCUAAGACAGUCCCAUGCAACAAGUCUUGAAAGAGGAGGUGUUUAAAAUGAUGCAUUAGCUUGUGCCCUUGGGCACAGGAAGCAUUGUUGCCUGGGUGCUACCUCCAUUGCUUGCCAGCUCUGUUUUGAACAAUGUCCUAGCAGCAGAAUGAACAUCAGGUCUGAGAGAGGCUUCGCAAUGUAAGGCUGGGGAACCAGCAUUUCCAGAGCAGGAGUAAUUCAGAAGGAUCUCAAAUGGGUUGGAAUGUGCCUGCCUGGGAAGAGAAGAUUGGGUUCCAGGAGAAGUAAAUCUAAAAACAGGGUGGGAGGCUCAAAGUGUCAGGAUGCUGUGAGUGCCCAAACAUCUCUCCUUGGCUCUGUGUCUAGCCUGCAGGCAGAUUUUGCAUCUUUUCUUCUGCAUCGUUGAGAGAAUUACACAUCAAGUUCCACCUCCAGGGUCGCAUCAUAUUUGCACUAACGCCAGGAAGACAAAGAGAUGCUUUAGCUCUUCCUGAGGGCUUCACUGCAGCAGAUGAUACAAAAAAAAGAGAAAACCCGACAUGAGUUCCAGGUCUGAGCAGGGCUGAUGUCAAACAAAAGCACCUUUAUAGGUAAAACGUGUGUGCGCCAAGUGUGUGUACCCUUCAUGGCUGGUGCAGCCAUGAGGCAUUUCCGCUGCUGGAUCAAUUUCCCUGUUUUCUGAUGCAUCAUGUUAAUAAAAUCCAGGUUCCUCCUCAGAAACAUGGCUUCUGAAAGAGUCUGCAAUGCCUGUCCCCAGGGCGGGUCUGAACUGCAGGAGGCUGGGUGUACUUUGGCAGAUGUUUACAACGUGUCACCUUAUAAAAUCACAUGGAAAGGUUGGCGUGAAUUCCUGUUAAUGCCUUUCCUUUCUUGUGUUGCUGUUGGCUUUCAGCACGUGUGGAGCGAAAGUGAGGACUGCUUGCCUUUUCUGCAGCUUGCACAGGACUACAUUUCCUCCUGUGGGAAAAAGACACUCCAUGAAAUAUUGGAAAAAGUCUUCAAAUCCUUCAGGCCCUUACUUGGGCUUCCAGAUGUUGAUGAUGAUGCAUUUGAAGAAUAUAACGCAGAUGUGGAAGAAGAGGAACCAGAAGCCGAUCACCAACAGAUGGGUGUCAGUCAGCAGUGAUUUUCUGAGAAGCUAUAAAAAAAUUCGGAAGCCUUUGGUACCAGGAGCCGAAUGUGUUGAACCCUGCUGCUGAACUGAAGCAUGACCAGGCAGCACUGAGAAUAAACUGGAAUUUUAUACAUAAAAAAUUUAAUUUACAUGUAAUAAAUGUGAAUGAGCACUAAUAUAGAAUGUAUUUUAUCAAAAAAUAUUGAUUCCUUACUUUGACCAAAUACAUUUCUGUAUUACUGUGUUACUUUUUCAUACUUGCCAAAUGUUGCAAGAGGUGUGGAACUGGUUUGGUUGUACUACAAAAUGUUUUUGUAUUUCAUUUGUAUUUUAUUUUUCCCUCCCUCCUACCACAUAUUGCAGUUAGUAGCCAUUCAAUAAUUAAUCAGGAGUAGCAUGACCCAGUGACUAGGCUGCCAGACUGAGACACAAGAUUUGCCAACACAUGCAUAAAUGCUUGCAGACCUGGAUAUUUGGUGAUACGAGGGUUUGUAGCUCUGCCAUUGCCUUGCCCUGAGCUUUAGGCGGGUCUCAGUCUCUGAGAAUUCAGGGCAGACUUUCAGUUCUGCAUGCAGGCCUCUGGAAAAUUGAGCAGGAGCGGGAUAAGUCCUUUGAGAGUCCCACCUUUGUAAAAGGGACUGUUACUAUUAUUUGUCCAGCAGCAUAUAUAGUGCUUUAGGUCUGUGGGUGAACAGAGAUACCACUGUCAUUGCCUAUCCUCAGAGCAAACCAGUAAUAAAAGGACACAGAAGGGUCUCCCUUUUCCCUUCCUCAAUGCCUUCCAAUGGCCUUCCUCAUAGGCAUUUCAUGCUCCAACUAAAUAUAAAUACAGCAGAGCAGAGCCUCUUGCAGAACUGGUGCUUCUGAAUGUUAGUUGCAUGAAUGCAAACAGCAGAGUGCUGCUUGGGCAAUGAGAAAUACAUGGGAUGCCAGAUGGAAAGGCAGAUUUCAGAACUGUUAUGAGUGCAGGGGCAAGAGUGAACAAAGCCCCUUCAGAGAGGGAGAUGCUGAGAUUUCUGAGACAGCCAAAGCCAUCCUGCCAAGUAUCUGCAUAGUGAACUGUGUGCAUGAUGACCUGAGCCCUUACCAGACUUCAGCUCCACCUCCUGCCCUGCUUCUGGCUCUUUUCCAGGCAGUUUCCCUCCAUGCAUAGUGCUGUGCCUUUGAAAGUCUCAUUCUUUUAAGAAUGCCACUUUUUCUGGGAAUAGCCAUAGUUAGUUUUCCUGCAUCAGUGACAUGCAUGUCUGCUGCUGCAUCUUGUCACUGUGUCCCAUGGAAGGUGCUGUGUGAAAUGGUGGCUGGGGGCAGCGGGGAGGAGUGUCUGCUGCAACGUUGCUGAGUAGAUCCCUGCCAUUUACCCCUCUGCAAGGUGGGACAUGAGACUGUGACAGUAAAAACAAUUGCAAUACCAUUGUGGACAGUAUUUUGGAAAGCUGCCAUUCAGGACAUAUUCCCAGCCUCUUUCAGCAUCUUUCCUGAUCUUUGGGAUCCAGAGCUGAUGUCAAUGACUGUUUCACUCAGUAUUAGCUUUAGCAGUGGCAGGAGCUGAGGAUGCGUCUUUACCCUGUGUCCAUCCUUCCCUCCUUAGCGUUGUGGUCUUCUCAGAAGUUCUUACUCUCAGAAGAAGGGAAGCAUAGGAAGGAGGAGAGAAACACCUCUUUACCUCUCACAGCUUGUAGGCAGGUGUAUCAGUGGAUCUGCAGUUCAGAACAGUGUGAUUCACACUGUCCUUUCUGUACAUGGGGAUUAGAUGGCAUGGGAGAUGUGUUAUCCCUUGAGGACCUGUGGGUGGUCCAUGCCAGACAGGGGCUGUGCAGAAGACAGCAGUCAUUUUAGGUGCCAAACCUAGUAUCUUUUCACAGGCAGUUCUGUCUAGCCAGAUAAUCCAGUCUCUGAAAAUCAUAACCCAUUGAGGCUCUCCAGGUUGGGCAUCCAGAAAAUGAGACUUGUCUGGUUGCCUUGGGCACUGGGAGGUCUCUUUCUCAGUGCUGGCUGGUUUUGGUCUGGCCAGAGGACAUGGGAAGUUGGGAAAGAUCCCUUCAGGGGCAUUAGCUGGAUGCCCUUUUCUGUAAAUUGCUGAGCAGAGGCAAAUGCUUUGUUUUAUGUGUUUAAUUCUGGCAGGACCUUCCCUCCUCCCCAGCAGCCUGUCUCUGCAGACAGCUGCAGCUGGGAAAGCUUUGUGUGAGAGCCAGGCAGGAGUGACUCAGGGCAGCAGCUCCUAGGCCCUGUAACAGGCUGGACUUGGGGUCAUCCUUUCAGGGUAACAAUGGAGCUGAAGGCUCAGGGCACAUCACUUCCAAUGCAGAUAUUUAAAUAGAGUCCUUAAAUUUGAUCCAUAGAGGGCAGACCCUGUCACUGGGUUUUUAUUGGACUUCUGAGACUUAGUUGCACUGUUGGUGUCUGAUGUCUGUGGCAGGUGGGCAGGGGAAACCACUUAACCACAUUUACUUGUUCAGUGAGCCAAAUAGUCUUUUACAUGAUCUGUGUUUGAUUUUUUUUUAUCAUUGGUGAUUUUUUUUUUCAAGAAAGACAGUCCCUAAAGACACACCCACAUUAAUGCAAACCCCAGUUUAUACAGAGCUGAGUAGCACUGCACUGUCGCUAUGAGCUUGGAUAUAAAAAAAACCUACAGAUUAAUGAAAAGGGCCUUCAUUUGUCUACAAGAAAAAAAACCCAAACUUCUUUGAACUAGUUAUUCCUGACUACAGUGAAGCUUACUGGUUUCAUGUAAAAUACAUUGAACUUUGAAAUUCUCUUUCUGUACCAACAUGCUGUUGCUCAUGUAGGCAAAGAUCUGUGGUAACACUGCAUGUAAAAGAAGCUUUCAUCUUCAGGGGUGGUGGUGGUAGAAAUGUCAGCUCUGGAUUUCAGUCAAUGCAACUCUUUUGUCAAGUUUUCCUUUACUAAUGCAGGGACUAGUCAGCCCUCCACACAUCAAGCAGAAAUCAUGUGCCACACCAUGCCAAGGCUGUCUUUGGUUUGGUUUCCACCAUUUUUCUGGCUGGAAGACCUAUCUGUUUUUGGGACUAUAAAGCUGUGAAAGGAGUCAGCAAAAGAAGUUGCCCUUUUGUUCAGCACUUUGAAAGGUGUAAGCCUUCAGUGGAGCACUGCCUGCCUUCUGAUUCUCCUUCCUCUGAUCCUCAUUUACCACCAAGGUGUUAAAUCCAGCAGUGUCAUUACACCAUGAGCUUCCCAUUAAAGAGCUUACCAAACUUU